ACUACACAGCACAUAUCUCACCAUGGCGUCCGGCUACGAUCGAGCCCUCUCAGUCUUCAGUCCUGAUGGCCACGUCUUCCAGGUCGAAUAUGCGCUCGAAGCCGUCAAGCGAGGAACAUGUGCAGUGGGUGUGAAGGGCGCGGACAUUGUAGUACUAGGAUGCGAGAAGAGGUCUGCCAUGAAGCUCCAGGAUACGCGAAUCACACCUUCGAAGAUCUGCCUCGUCGACACCCACGUCGCCCUCGCCUUCGCCGGGUUGAACGCCGAUGCCCGCAUUCUCGUAGACAAGGCCCGUCUCGAAGCGCAAUCACACCGCCUGACUGUCGAGGACCCCACAUCGAUAGAGUACAUUACGAAGUAUGUUGCGGGUGUGCAGCAGCGGUACACUCAAAGCGGUGGUGUCAGGCCGUUUGGCAUCAGCACACUGAUUGUUGGGUUUGACCCGAAUGACAAGACCCCGCGGCUGUACCAGACUGAGCCUUCUGGCAUUUACUCGGCAUGGAAGGCAAACGCAAUUGGUCGAUCGAGUAAGACGGUCCGCGAAUUCCUCGAGCGCAACCACAAGGAUGGCAUGGACCGGGAGGAGACGAUCAAGCUGACGAUCAAGUCACUGCUCGAGGUUGUGCAGACGGGAGCGAAGAACAUUGAGAUUGCCGUCUCGGCUCCAGGCAAGCCGCUCGAGAUGCUGCCAGUGGAAGACAUUGAGAAGUACGUGGAGAACAUCAACACGGAGAAGCAAGAAGAGGCGGCGACCAGGAAAUCUGGACGGACGCCUGGAACGGGCACUGCGGCUAUCCUGACGCGCCCAACGCCAGCCGAGGGCUCUGGGUCGGGUGCUUGAAGAUGAAUGACGAAUGACGGAACCAACAUGAACAGCAUUGGCGUCUAGGUGAUAGACUUGAUGACUCUGUACUCUACAGACACGACCAGCUAGUGCUCAAAAAUAAGGCAUAUCUAGCACGCAUAACCUCACUUUUGUGAUGUGGUACAUGCCCCCUCCUCCUCUACGUGAUGGUUGUGAUGAUUGCUCGACGCGGCGCUGUGGUGGACGUUGGCAUGUGCCUUGUGUCUGUCGCUGUCCUUCAACCCAGCUUGUCGGGAGCCUCCUUGACAUCGAAUAUGGUUCGUAGAUCCUCGGCCCUCACGCGCUCGUCCCUAAGCA